AUUUAUUGAAUCAAUCAAGGAUUGUUUAGAAGAUGUGGCAUUGCAUGGAAAAUAUUUAAAUGAUAAAAAUUUAAAACAUUUUGAUCGUCUAAUUGAUGUUCUUGCCGAUUAUCAACGACAAAAUAAAGCAGAAUUAGCCGAUAAUCCUCAUCUUCUAGGAUUAUUAGAUAUUAUUAUUAAAUGUCUUAGUUCACAAUAUUAUCAAAAUGCAUUUAAACAAUUAAAAUUGUCAGCCAAAUCAAUGAUGGGAUAUGAAAAAUUAUUUCUUGUUAGGUGUCCAAGUUAUUUCACAUCGUAUGAAGGUAAACAUCAAGAAUUGUUAACGGGUACUUUAUUAGAUAUCAUGUUGCCUCGUUAUGUUGAAAUAUUUGCAAAGUUUAUUCCAUCAAUAAGCGAAUGGAACCGUUCGUUGAUUCGUGCAGUUUAUCAUAUAACCGAUGUUCUUAAUCAUGGUGCUAGUAUAUCUUCGUCAUGUUCAAAGAAGAUUGGUGAACAUUUAUCAUUAAUUGAUAGUAUCAUAGCCAUUUUAAAUGAACCAUCAUUAAUCAAAAAUAUCGAUGAAAAAUUACUUAAACCUGAAACUAUCCUAAUAAAUAGUGCAAUUGUCCUAAUGACAAAUUUAAUUUAUGAAACUACAAUUCUUGGUCACGUUAAACAAAAGCAAGUGACAUCAACGUUUCUAACAUUAACAAAUUCCAAAAAUGAUACAAUACAAUUAAAUGCAUAUAUGAUGUUGGCAUACAUUAUGAAUGAAGAUGAUUUGAAAAAAAUGACAAAUCCAGGCAAAAUUCUAUCAGCAAUAACAGAUAUUCUUAGACGAACACUACAAAGUGGUGAUGGUCAAGAAAGAAAUAAUAAAAUCGAUUUAUUAACAGCAAGUUUAAAGGGGCUUGUUCAACAUGAUCAAAUUAAAGAAGAAAUAUUACAUCAAAAUUUACUGCAACUCAUCAUCGAUUGUUCUCUGAAACUGGUUGGUCCGGCUAAACAAUCAUCACUGGAAACACUAUGGGCAAUGACGUUUAAUGAAGCAGGUGCAGAAAUACUGAAAAACAAUAAACUAUUUUUAGAUAACAUUAAAGUAUUCACCACACAACGAGAUGACGAAGGAGUGAGAAAAGCGGCGGAUGGAUUAAUUUGGAAAUUGGUUAAAGAGCCAGAAUUUAUAGCCAAGGUCGAAGAAAAAAAAGAAACAGAAGAUGCAACAAGAACGAUAACUGAAGUAGUUAUUACUGCUGAUGGUACAACACAAACAAUCACUACCACUGUGCCAGCUGAAUCUGCCCAACGGACCUACCUAUACGAUAUGAUGAUCUCAUAUUGUCAUGCUGACAAGGAUCUAUGUUAUAAAAUCCAUAAGUAUUUGACUGAUCAAGGAUACAAAAUAUGGUUAGAUUUAGAUAACAUGUAUGGACCAGCGAUGAGUGCAAUGGCUGAUGCUGUCGAAAGUUCAGAAUUUGUUAUAAUGUGUAUGUCCGAUUCGUAUAAACAAUCAACCUACUGUCAAGCAGAAGCUGAAUAUGCGUUCAAAUGUAAACGUCGUUUGUUACCACUGAUCAUGACGAAAGGCUAUGUUCCAGAUGGCUGGUUAGGUUUUAUGAUCGGCUCACGUAUUUAUGUUGAUUAUGGUCGCUUUGAUUUUGAUACAGCAUGUCAAAAACUCCAGAACGAGAUACAACUUCAACGAAGUCAAUCGUUACCACCAAAAAAACACGCUAAUAUGGGUGGUCAUACAUUGCCAGUGAAAACAGCAGUUGAAGAAAAACCGGCGGCAUCACCAGAAGUCGUGAAGAAACCAGAAGUCGUGAAAAAACCAGAAGUCGUGAAGAAACCAGAAAUUUCUAUACCUGCACAACAUUUACAACGUCAACCAAAGCAUACUUAUGCGCAGCUAUCGAUUGAACGAUGGAGUGAGGAGGAUGUACUCGAUUUUCUUGCAAAUACUAAACUUCAUUCAAUGAUGCCUCUUUGUGAAAAUAUGAAUGGAGCAGCACUAAUACAAUUAUAUAAAAUGUGUAAAGCAAAAGCAAAUCAAACUUAUCAGCUAUUAAAUAUCCAAUUAAAAGAAUUGCAUCGUACUACGCUUCCUAUUGCUGUUUAUACACGAUUUCUAAGUGAAUUUGCGAAAUUACAGGACAGCAAGAGAAAACCAUCUUUUGCUGCACAACAACAAUACAUAUCCGAAUAUUUACCCUUCGAUAUUAUCCUUGAUUCACAAGCAAAUCCUGUUCUUACACUAAAAAUGGUCGAAACUUAUGGACAGGAUAUACAAGUACUCGAACAACUGACAAAAAAGAAAUUUAGCAAUUUGCUUCGUUACUAG